AGAGAGAUAGAGAUAGGGGUUAGUUCAAAGUUGAUUGAAAGAGAGAAGAACAUUAGGAUUUUUCCAUGAAGUCAUUCAUUAAACUCCCAAAAUAGGCAUCAACUCUCUUUAAAUGUUUCCCGCCCUGUUUUUUUUUUUUUUCUUCUUCUUCUUUGUCUCUGCGUUAUUAGAAUUUAGAUCGUAUGCGAAUGAGGUCCUUGAAAGAUGGCCUUAUAUAUCACAUUCAAGCCAUAAAAGCUGGUUUUACACCAACCAUUUUCACGUCCAAUCAACUCAUUCACUUGUACUCCAGACACGGUCUUCUUUGUGAAGCUCACAAACUGUUCGAUGAAAUGCCUGAACGAAACGUCUUCUCUUGGAAUGCUAUAAUCUCGGCUUAUAUAAAAUCCCAAAACUUGCCACAAGCAAGAGCGUUAUUUGAUGCAGCUUCCAGCAGAGACUUGGUUACCUAUAAUUCAAUGUUAUCUGGGUAUGUAAGCGCUGAAGGGUAUGAAGCUCAUGCGCUUAAGUUAUUCAUUGAUAUGCAUUCUGUGUAUGAAGGAAUCGGAAUCGAUGAGUUUACAGUUAGCAUUAUGCUUAACUUGACUGCCAAGUUGAGUGUGGUAUCAUAUGGGAGGCAGUUGCAUUCAUAUAUGGUGAAAAGUGCUUGCGAUUUUUGUGGGGUUGUGGUUAGCUCUCUCAUUGAUAUGUAUUCUAAAUGUGGUUGUUUUAAAGAAGCAUACCAGGUUUUUAGUGGAUGUGGUAGUGGAGUGGUUGAUUUGGUUUUGAAGAAUGCAAUGGUGGCAGCUUGCUGUAGGGAAGGAAAAUUGGAAAUGGCUUCGGAUAUUUUUUGGAGAGAACCUGAGUUAAAUGACAUGGUAUCCUGGAAUACAUUAAUUUCGGGUUAUGCUCAGCAUGGUUUUGAGGAGGAGUCAUUAAGGUUGUUUUUCCGUAUGGCUGAGAGUGGAUUUGGAUGGAAUGAACAUACUUUUGCAAGUGUUUUGAGUGCGUGCUCUGGUAUGAAAAAUUUGAAGCUUGGAAGGGUAGUCCAUGCUUGGGUUUUGAAAAAUGGGUUGAGCUUGAAUCCAUUUAUUAGCAGUGGCAUUGUUGAUGUCUAUUGUAAGUGUGGGAAUAUGAAGUAUGCAGAGUCAGUUCAUGCAGCAAUGGGAAGCGGAAACUCCUAUGCUAUUACUUCAAUGAUUGUGGGGUAUGCAUCUCAAGGCAGCAUGGUAGAAGCCCGAAGGCUUUUUGAUUCAUUACUAGAGAAGAAUUCUGUUGUCUGGAUGGCUUUAUUUUCAGGUUAUGUGAGGUCACAGCAGUGUGAAGCUGUGUUUGAACUUUUUUGUGAGUUUAAUGCUGAGGAAGCAACAGUUCCCGAUGUUUUGAUCCUUUUCAGUUUGCUCAGCAGUUGUGCAAUACAGGCUGCCCUGGAUACUGGAAAGCAUAUUCAUGCUUACUUACUGAGAUUAGAGAUUGAAAUAAAUAAGAAGCUGAUUACUGCUUUGGUUGAUAUGUACUCAAAAUGUGGGAGCAUUGCUUAUGCAGAAAAAAUAUUUGAAAGAGUUAUUGACAGAGAUUCAGUCCUUUACAAUGUAAUGAUAGCUGGUUAUGCUCACCAUGGGCAUGUGGAUGAAGCUAUCCAUCAUUUUAAGGAAAUGGUGGAUAGAGGUGUCAGACCAGAUGCAGUCACCUUUCUCGCACUUCUGUCAGCUUGUCGUCACUCUGGAUUACUAGAACAGGGUGAGGAAAUUUUCCAUUCCAAGAAAGACUUUAAUGUAUUGCCUGAAAUAGACCACUAUGCAUGUAUGAUUGAUCUGUAUGGGAGGGAUAAUCAACUAGGAAAGGUGGUAGCUUUUAUGAAAAUGAUUCCAACAGAACUGGAUGCCGCAAUCUGGGGGGUAUUUCUGAAUGCUUGUAGGAUAAAUGGGAAUACAAUGUUUGCAAGAGAGGUGGAAGAGAAACUACUAAGAAACAUAGGAGAUGAUGGGGCUCGGUAUGUUCAGUUGGCCAAUGUCUAUGCUGCAGAGGGCAAUUGGCAUGACAUGGGAAGAAUAAGGAAGAAGAUGAGAGGGAAGGAGGUCAAAAAGCUUGCUGGUUGCAGCUGGGUACACAUUGAAAAUGGAGUUCAUACAUUCACUUCUGGGGAUACAUCUCACUCUAAAGCAAAGGAGAUAUACAAAUGCUUAGCCUGCUUGACUGGUGAACUAUAUGAAAUAGCCGGGGCAUUGCAUUGAGGUCAUCUUUGAAUGACAGCAUGACAACGUGACUGAUUUUGGAUGCUUUUGGACAUAGAAAUUCAUGGUUUAUUUGGAUGUGGAUAACCUGGAUAAAGGGACCACCAACCACCAUUCAUUUUCAAAAGAUAUCUGUCCAUCCUAGUGACCUUAUAUGAUAGAGAGACAAGAAUACCAUAGGUUUUGAGGAGAAACAAGAAUGGUAGAAACCUGAAUGAACUUUAUGGUAAAGAUCAAGCUGACGUGAAAUGCUAGCAAAUUAUGCAAUGCAAGAUGUCCAUGUUACAAAUUGGCAUGGCUUGGCACAGAGAAAACUCCUAUGGCCCCAUUGAUUCAUUCCAAGCAUUAGUUUAUGUGUCUCUCUGCAUUGAGUCAGGUUAACUCCUCGCAUUUAUUUUUGUUGCUUAGGAGGCUUUAUUUUCUUGUAUCCCUUUUUCACUUUAGCAACAAUUAUAUUUGGAAAUUAGAAUACGGCAAGGCAUGAGAAAGAAAAUCUAAACCUUGAGUUGGAGUUUGUGCAACAAAGUAUCAAUAUGUGAAAGAAUGGAGGAUGGGAUUGGUGCAGUUGUCAACUCAAAGUUAUCGCACUGCUUUACUAGUAAAAAAUCCACCAUUGCUAGUGAGAUUUGUUUGUGACAUCCUAGUGAUGGUUCUCUUCUGUGACUCAACUGCUCAUACUCAAUAUAACUUCGUUUAAUAAGGACUAAAAGAACUGUUAUAGACUUGUGCAGUGGCUUCACUAAUGCUUAAAUAUAAUUUUAUUGCUAGUGUUAUAAAAUGUUCUGCUCAUCUAGGAUUUUAAUCUAUUUGAUUUAGCUUGCUAUUUUUUACUAGGACUGAACCAUUGUUGCAUCUAUAGAUAUGUGUAGGAUUUUUAAUGAAUCCUAAGACCCACCUUUGUAGAGGCAAUUUUCUGUUCCGCUGAAACAGCACAUAUGGGAGGUUUGCUAUCAUGAGUGGUUUUUUUUAAAAAAAUUUAAGUAACUAUAUAUGUACAGAUUGAUCAUCAGUUAAUCAGCAUUGCUUGCUAGAUGAAACCUAAAAGAUACAACAAAAAAUUGCAAGGAAUAAUUGGCAAUUCUAUGAAUUAACAUUUAGCAUUAAAUUAGUCUAGCAGACAUGAUAACAACUCAUAAAAUAUCAUUAGGAUGGGAGAAAAUCAAAUUAAUUUUUUCCCUAUAUAAGAAGUGGUGUCCCGAUUUUCGACUAGGCUAUUUCAUUCCUUCUCCGUGAGUCAUCUCAAAAUCUCAUGGAAUGAUACUGUACUAG